GGGAGACGGUCGGAGAUUAACAGUGCAUUGUGAAAGGUUGAGGAUGAGUUGGUGAAUCACAAUCCUCUCUCUCAGAAGCGGAAGUAAACCCCCAUUUCCGAAGUUUGAACGACGCAGCUGGACAUAUAAAUAGACUGCCCUCUUUCCUCAGCGCAUCGAAGAGAUGUUGCCUUGGGUUUUUGUCAUUCUUUAAAUAAUUGCAUUUAAAUGCAAACAGACAAUAUUAUUUUUCAAUGCAUGAAAAUGCCAUUGUUUUCGACAUCGGCCGCACUGACAGAUAAUGGAAUAUACGCAUUACGUUAAUACAGGAGUUUGCAACCGGCGUUCACCUCUUAACUAUAAAUUACUUAGCCAAAUCCAUUUUGUACUUCCUCACCAGCACAUUGUUUAAAUAAUCAAGAAUAGUCUUGCAAAACGAAUUAUUUUUAACUUAACAUAUAGAUACUGCGUGGGGUUGAGCUGCAGGCUUGUAUCUGACGAAGAGUGGGAAAUUGCGAUGCUCUAAUUUUGUUGUUUUUGAAAUGACAAUUACCAACAAGGUCACUGUCACCCCAUGUCAGGAAUUCGACUUUUUUGUCCAUGUUUGAAGCAAGGUUGGGAUGAGACUGUCCUCUCAAAUUUGUUGCAGUGUUCAUUGGUAUUCUACACUCUGUACUACAUGAUUGGAAGCGUUUGUUUUGGAGCAUUCAGACUUGAUUCAUUUGAUGGGUUGCUUCCAUUUGACUUUAAAACACAAGCAGAAAAGUCUAUCUCUAAAUAUCUAGUGAAUCUGCUAUCUAUGGAACUCACAUAUUUUACCAGUGGAAUCCUGUUUGCAAUAAUAGUCAGGAAGCGGGUGUGGGACUAUUCAAUCACAGUUACACUCAUCCACGUCAUACUGAGCUCUGCAGUGAUGGCUGAGUUUCCAUUAGCGUGGCAGUGGUGGUUGGCUUUGGGUGGUGGCUUGUUGAUGAUGAUCUGUAAUGGCCAGCUAGUGGUACACUUUGUUUGCCAAAACAAUCCUGCUUACUCUUCGAGUAAUCUUUGAGAGAAAAUGAUCAAACGGAGCCACAAAAAUCCAAUGUUCAAGAUAAUUUCCCUGGCUGCAUGACCUGCUAACAGGCCUGCAGUGAUUUUAGUGGUAUGAGAAAACAAAUCCACCAUCAGAAAUAAUUAGCGUUAGAUGUUUGAAAAUCACAACUUGUGUUUUAAAUGUCCGAUGUUUUGCCAGAGGAGGUCUGUUUUUCACACAAAAGCCAAGUGGAUCAUGGGCAGCUUAAAAGCAAGACUAGUGAUUUUAAAACCAGAUCUUUCUUGAUUUCUCCAAUAUUCUUUGAAUUUUGAUCAUUGUUGCUUUGUAAAGGUAGUUCCAUUGAAGGCACCAAGCAAGGAGGUAAUUUUAAUUUUGUCCAAUUCAGUGUGAAAUACAUCUGGUUGGAAAAUGUGGUAUCUAACCGGCAUGGUAAAGCAUCAGAAUUAGUGCAGCAGUACUAUGUCAGGAAGUAAUUGGGACCUCUUAUAAACAUGUCUGAUCAGGUCUUUAUGUGAAUAAUCCAACUGUACAGUAUUAAAAUGAAAACCAAAAGAGAAUAUAGUGUGUCAUGCUUAAAGAAUCAUUUGAGAAUUAAAGGAUCUCUUCAAAGAUAACUCAGAAGCAAAUUUUCUUUAUGCUAAAUUGAAAAGUUCAUGCAUUGUAAAUAAUAAAUAGGUUUAAAAUAGAAUCUAAGAACUCCCAAAAAUAUUAAUUCACAGUAUUCAUAUAAAAUAUGUAAACAAAUCUGUUGUUUUCCCACUUGGUAAAGAAAUUGUAUGCUCACAAAAGGUUAAAAUGUUUAAUAAUUACCUUUGAGGGGGGAAAUGAGGAAAUGACCACGCACUUCAGGAUUUUUAACCGUUUUUAUUGCAUUUGCUAAAUCAUUCAAUGAUCAAUGUCUUCCUUUACUUUUAAAAUGUUAAUAGGUAAUAUAUGGACUUCUAACAAAUUCAAUUUUAACAUAAAAAAUGUCCUUCAAGUUGAACAUUUCUUACCAUAUUCUGGAUUUAAUGCAAUUGAUUUCUUAACUGUAAUGGAUCGACAACUCUACCUUGUCUACUGAGUUUUUUAAAUCUUUUCAACAUUAUAAAAUAAAUUAUUUUUGAUCAAUUUGUUUGACAAACUACAUGCCCAAGGCAGGUGGAACUCAAAUCCUGACUAUCACUGUUACAGACAUGGGAAACUAUUCAGUUGUUAAUUUGAGUUUAGCUUUGCAAAGUUGGCAAGCUGCCAUCUUUUAUAACAUUUUGGUAUCUCUUGCUUUGGCAUUCUGACACAGUAUAUUGUAUAAUUCACCAAGUUUUAGCUAUCUUUAUCGAUAUUACAUCUGGGUUGAUUAUCUUACCCUUUAUCUGCUGUGAAGAGAAUUUUUUGUUGUUGGUUUAUCACUUAAAUGUUGAUGGUGGGGAAGUGGUGUUGGUCAAUGGUUGCUAAGUAAACAAUAUUCUCUUUUACUAUUGACAUCAAAUUUAUACAAUAUCUUGUGCAGACAUAUGGGACUCAAGACUGGAAAAACUGGGUGCCUAUUCACUGUUGAAUUUGAGAGUUACCUGGAUGUAUUAAUGUUCAAUAAAAGGCAUCUUGAAUUUUCA